UACCCGGAAACAUGUCGACAAAUGUGAUAUUGAUAAUACCGAUGUGUUGUUCGGUACGGAAUGCCGUUGCUUCUUAUUUUAAAUGCUGACUGCUUGACAUUUCGUCCUCGUCUUUAUACACUGUAUGCACAAUGCUGAAAUAUUUAGUAGCUCUUAUUUCAAUGGUCCUGGCCGUAUGGACUGUCCCGGAGUGGCUCACAUUCCCGAUCUACGGCAACGUUGUGAAUGUACUAGAGUCGUGGCUGCAGCUGCAGGUCAGUGAUGUGCCCGCUUCUGCACCGGGUCGCAUGCUGACCGAAGAUGAGCUUUCUUUAUACAACGGAGAAAAGAACAGUAAAGGACUGUACCUGGCGAUUUUAGGACAGGUGUUUGACGUCGAAAAGGGGCGGAAACAUUACGGCCCUGGCGGCGGUUAUCAUUUCUUUACAGGGAAAGACGCAUCAAGGGCGUUCAUUACAGGCGAUUUCACAGAGGCUGGCUUGACUAGCGACGUCUCGGAUUUCACUGACUCACAGAUUGUGGCUCUUUAUGACUGGCUGUCAUUUUAUCAGAAGGACUACACUCCAGUAGGUAAACUGAUAGGCCGAUUCUACACAGAAACCGGGCAGCCCACUGACGCUUUGUUACAUGUUGAGGCUUUCUUGUCUGAGGGGUUGAAGAAAAAGGCCCAGGCUCAGAGUGAGAUGCAACUGUACCCAGCCUGUAACUCGGAGUGGAGCGAAGCCAGUGGGGGACGGGUAUGGUGUUCUACAAUGAGUGGUGGCAUUCAGAGGGACUGGGUUGGAGUACCCAGAAUGCUCUUCUCCCCUGGGUCUGGCCAUUCUCGAUGUGUGUGCAUCCGACUAUCAGAUCCUGUUCACGCAGAGAACCGAAACCUCAGAGAGUACAAAGACUGUGCUCCUCAUGCAGAGUCCUGCCGUAUCACUAAAGACUGAGCUACAAGUCUUCACAACGCUAUAAGAAUCGCUGUAUUUCAUUUCAUUUCAUUUGGAUUUCAAGGACUCUCUACCAUUUUCUUCAGUGUGACAAAGUGUUUUUUGAUGGGUUUAUUAUAGAAAGCACGUUCCUGCUCUUUAUUUGUAUUUGUGUUUCUAAUUUAAUUGCCUCUGAUUUUGUUUUUCACUUCAAAUUUCAUUGCAGUUUGUGGCCAAGUAUAGAGCGUUUGCGCUUAUGUCACAAUUUGGUCAGCUACCUAGAUGCGUGGCCAUAUUGGAGAUACUCGGAUGUAAACAACAGCACAGAUUGUAUGGUUAAUGUACUGCUGAAUACAUUGUUCUGCUCAUUUAUGCUGUCUAAACCAUGGAAAAAAUGUGUGGAAGCUACUAAAUCAUAUAGGGAAGGACUUAGUAAACAGGAAAUGGCACAAUAUUUUGACAAACUAAAGUUAAUAGGUGGUAAAGAUACGUAUGAGCAGUAUUAAUUAAGAUAUUAGCUUAAUAUUUCACCUACCUGACCAUAAAUGAUAAGAACAAACACAAAUGUUAAGAUUCUUGCCCUGGUUCAGUUUGGCCAACCACAGUUUUUUUGCACUCUUCUCCUUGAUUUGUUAUACGUUUUAGCAGUUUAUAGUACUCCAAAUGUUUUUCCUGGUCUGACCGAUCAGUACAGCCCAAAACAUGACAAAAAUUGAUCAUUUCCAGCAGCAAUUAUCAGCUAAAUAUGUGUUUCUCGUUCGGUUCAGUGGCAUUGUUUACAUUCCGUGCUGCCAAUAUAGACGACUAAUGACGCAUUGUGAAAACACUAUACUUAUAUACUUAUUAAGAAUCAAGAUUGUUAAAUAAAAGACAAUUUUAUAGACUUUUUUUCAAUUGUCCUUUAUGUAAAGUUGUCCUCCCUUUCUUGAAAAGGAUACUAGAGGCGGCGACAAGCUAAAUAUCUGAGCAUACAGAUACCAUACAAUGUGCAGAAAGAUUAAACAGAGGCCAAAUUGUAGGUUUGUCACAUAGACAAAAAAGCACAACCUGCAUUAAGUACAAAACAGUUGUAGUGGUCAAAAAUAUCAUACAUUUAUCUGUACAAUUUAACAAUACCAAUAACAGACUGUGGACUUGGCCCUCCCCCC